AUGCCUCUACCUUUUGCCACCAACAUGAGGCUCAAAUUGCCCAUCCUGGCCAUUGGCUUGGAACUAGCCAUGAUUAUUUUGUUUGGGAUAUUUGUCGAAUACGAUAAGGACCAAGACAUCGGCCACCAGCCCAACCGCACCAGGCAUGACAACCGGUUUCUUGCGCUCUACCCCUUGUUCCAAGAUGUGCACGUGAUGAUAUUCGUCGGGUUUGGCUUCCUCAUGACCUUCUUGAAGAAAUAUGGAUUCAGCAGCGUGGGAUUCAACCUUCUGAUCGCCGCCUUGGGUCUCCAGUGGGGGACACUGAUGCAGGGGCUUUGGCACAGCGAGGGAAGAAAAUUCCACAUUGACAUCCUAACAUUGAUAAAUGCCGACUUCAGUACUGCCAGCGUUUUGAUAUCAUUUGGAGCCGUUUUAGGGAAAACGAGUCCAGUACAGAUGCUGGUUAUGGCGAUUAUGGAAAUCACCGUGUUUGCCAGCAAUGAACACCUUGUUGCAGAAAAACUGCAGGCUCAAGAUACCGGGGCAUCGAUGAUCAUUCACGCCUUUGGGGCCUAUUUCGGUUUAGCAGUUGCAAUCGUCCUGUAUCGUCCCAAUCUGGAAAGGGAGCCUGAGAACAAAGCGUCUGUGUAUCACUCUGACUUGUUCGCCAUGAUCGGUACCAUUUUCCUGUGGAUGUUCUGGCCCAGUUUUAACUCCGCCAUCGCUGAGGAAGGAGAAAGCCAGUACAGAGCAAUCGUCAACACUUACCUCGCUCUAGCGGCAUGUGUUCUUGCUGCGUAUGCCUUAUCAAGCCUUGUGGAUCAACGGGGCAAGCUCGAUAUGGUUCACAUUCAAAAUGCCACCCUAGCAGGAGGGGUGGCCGUGGGCACUUGUGCUGACAUAAAUAUUCACCCUUUCGGAGCUAUGUUAAUUGGCAGUAUCGCUGGCAUCGUCUCUGUCCUGGGAUUCAAGUUCCUGACGCCAAUUUUUGCAUCGAAACUGAGAAUCCAAGACACCUGUGGUGUGCAUAAUUUACAUGGUUUGCCAGGAAUAAUCGGGGGCCUUGCCAGCAUUGUGGCAGUAGCCAUGGGAGCUACUGACAGAACUACCGUAGCCAUGCAGGCAGCGGCCUUGGGAUCCUCCCUGGGAACAGCCAUCGCCGGAGGCCUGCUCACAGGACUCAUUCUCAAAAUACCGAUUUGGGGUCAGCCACCUGACCAAAAUUGCUAUGACGACGUCGUUUACUGGGAGGUCCCAGGGGUGGAAGAAUAUCAUGAUCAUACCCUCAAACACGAUGAUCACACCCUCGAACACAAUGAUCAGGAUGAAGAGUAA